AUGGGACGAUCACCAUGCUGUGACAAGGUGGGUCUAAAGAAAGGACCAUGGACGCCAGAAGAAGAUCAGAAGCUCUUGGCAUAUAUUGAAGAACAUGGCCAUGGAAGCUGGCGUGCUUUGCCAGCAAAAGCUGGACUUGAGAGGUGUGGCAAGAGCUGCAGAUUGAGAUGGACUAAUUAUCUAAGACCUGAUAUUAAGAGGGGAAAGUUCAGUGUGCAAGAAGAGCAAACCAUCAUCCAACUCCAUGCACUCUUAGGGAACAGGUGGUCGGCAAUAGCCACACAUUUGCCAAAGAGAACAGAUAAUGAGAUCAAGAACUACUGGAACACGCAUCUGAAGAAAAGGUUAGACAAAAUGGGAAUUGAUCCGGUGAGUCACAAGCCCAAGAACGAUGCCCUUCUCUCCACUGAGGGUCACUCCAAGAGUGCAGCCAACCUAAGCCACAUGGCUCAGUGGGAGAGUGCCAGACUCGAAGCAGAAGCAAGAUUGGUCAGAGAAUCAAAACUACGUAGCUCACGCUCAUCAUCAGCAGCAGCAGCAUUGCAGCACCCUCUAGUUGGAACUUCUGCAUUAUCGUCAUCGUCUUCAGCUCCAGUAUUACCCUCCUCAACACGUUCUCUUGAUCAUGCUUGGAACAAUGGUAGUAGUACUAGUACGGUUGCAACUAGGGUCAGUGACCUUGAGUCCCCCACUUCUACCUUAUCCGAGAACAAUGCCCCACCAAUUAUGACAAAUGUGAUUGAGCUUGUUGGUUCAUCGGAGAGAGGAAUAGUAAAGGAAGAAGGAGAGCGAGAGUGGAACAAAGGUUUUCAUGAAAGCUCCAUCCAUAUGGGAGAAUACAAAGAUGGCUUGGAGAAUUCAAUGCCUUUCACGUCUAGUCUGCAUGAGUUAUCAAUGACCAUGGCAACCACGUGGGGCACUACUGCUACCAGUGCACAUGCGCAUGCACAUGUUGCUGAGGCGGGAUUCACCAACCUUUUGCUGAAUUCUAACACCGGUGACAGGAGUUUGUCGCGGGAGGGUGGUGGAGAGUCUAAUAACAGUCAUGGUAAUGUUACUAAUGGGGAUAAUGGUAAUGGUAAUGGUAACAGUAACGAGUUAUACGAAGAAAGCAAGAUCUAUUGGAACAACAUUCUUAAUUUGAUGAACUAUUCUUCCCCUUCGGAUUCACCGAUGUUCUGA